AUGUUUCUAAGUGAUGCAAUUUGGGGGUUUUUCUUCAUAUCUCAAAUUUGUAUUGGGUUCCUGGGGAACUCAUUGCUCUUCAUGUUAUAUAUGUACACCUUCUUAACUCAAUCUCGGCUGACAAAGCCCAUAGAUUUGAUUUUCAUACACCUGACAUUAGUCAACGUUUUGACUAUCAUGUUCAAGUUGAUACCAGAUGCCGUGUCGUCCUUUGGAGUAAGGCAUUUUCUGGACGAUGUUGGUUGUAAGGCGACUUUGUACACAUACAGGGUCACCCGGGGUCUUUCCAUCUGUACCACCUCCCUCCUGAGUGCUUUUCAAGCCAUCACUAUCAGUUCCAGUACUUCUAAAUGGGCAAGGCUUAAAUCUAAAAUCUCCACGUGCAUUCUUCCCUCUUUCCUUUUCUUCUGGAUCGUCAACAUGCUCAUCUAUAUCUACAUCAUCAAAGUUGUAGACGCCAAAAGAAAUGUCACAAUUAUUGGUCCUGUGUAUUCUCAACCGCACUGUCAAUCUAAGCAGAUGGAACUCCACUAUUCAAUGACAUUCCUUAGCAUCAUAGUGAUUCGAGAUCUCCUCUUUGUGGUCCUCAUGAUGGGGUCCAGUAUCUACAUGGUGAGUCUGCUCUACAAACACCGCCAGAGAGCCCAGCAUGUUCACAGCCCCAGCCUCUCCUCCCAGCCAUCUCCGGAAAUCAAAGCCACUCACAAUAUUCUUUUGCUGGUAAGUUGCUUUGUUUUCUUUUAUUGGUCAAACAACUUUGUUACCCUUUAUUUGUUUUAUAGACCUGAGAAAAACUUGAGGCUGGAAAGAAUUACCGGGAUUCUUUCAUCAUGCUACCCAACCAUCUGCCCUUUUGUGCUGAUGAAAAAUACUAAGAUUACCCUCAAAUUUAUUUCUUUCAUUUCAAAGAUGAGAACUGCCUCUUCUCAAGAAACAUUCAGUAGAUGA